CAUGGCGAACAAUGGAGGAACUGCUCUAGCUGUCUCCUUCCAUCAUAUUUUGUUUUUUUAUUCAGUAUUGAUUGUCACGAUCCACUUCUUUAAAAUCGCCUCAGCUUCAGAGGACGAUGCAUUUCGUGCCGGGCAUCAGAUGUUUUCUCAGGUGGCUGCAGCAUCACGGGAUGUGCGAUACCUGCUGUACGAUGUGAAUCCACCUGAGGGCUUCAAUCUUCGCCGGGAUGUGUACAUUCGCAUGGCAACUUUGGUGAAGACUUUGAGAAAAGAGGUGGACUGGGUGCUAGUGUUGCCUCCAUGGGGGCGGCUGUAUCACUGGCAGAGCCCUGAUAUACAUCAGGUUCGCAUUCCUUGGGGGGAAUUCUUCAGUAUACACAGCCUGCAGGCUAACAUACCAGUCAUUGAGUAUGAGGAAUUCAUUGCUGAGUCUGGAGGUCCCUUCAUUGAACAGAUCCUUGUGCUGCAGAGCUAUGCAGAGGGCUGGACAGAUGGGAAAUGGGAGGAGAAGGUAGAUGAACGGCCCUGCAUUGAACGGCUCAUGUACUCAAAAGACAAACAGGGAUAUUACAGAGGCUGGUUUUGGGGCUAUGAGGAGACCCGAGCUUUAAAUGCCACCUGUUUAUCAGCCCAGGGGCAUGCCUCCAUCCUGGCCCCCAUCCUACAAAAUAACAUCACAGCCACGUCAGUGAUGCUGGACAGAGCUGAGACUGUCCUUCAUGAUCACUAUGCUGGGAAAGACUACUGGGAUACAAGGCGAAGUAUGGUGUUUGCCAAACACUUGCGUAUCAUAGGGGAUGAGUUCAGGGCCAAAUAUCUUAACUCCACCGAUAAAGAGGACCAGACACUGUACAACGAGGACUGGACCCGAAUAAAAAACAGGCUGGGCAGUGCUAAGGGAGGCCCUUACCUGGGAGUCCACUUGCGCAGAAAGGACUUCAUCUGGGGUCACAGAGAGGAUGUGCCCAGUCUUAAAGGUGCAGUUAAGAAGAUCCGUAGUCUCAUGAAGAAGCACAAACUUGAGCAAGUUUUUGUUGCCACAGAUGCUGAUGAAGAAGAGCUAGCUAAACUGAAAAAGAUGCUGCCUGAGAUGGUCCGAUACGAGCCCAUCUUGGAGAACCUGGAGCUCCUGAAGGAUGGAGGGGUGGCCAUCAUAGACCAGUGGAUCUGUGCUCAUGCAAGGUAUUUCAUCGGCACAUCAGUUUCAACCUUCUCUUUCAGAAUACACGAGGAAAGGGAGAUCCUAGGUUUUGAUCCUAACACCACCUAUAACCGUUUCUGUGGUGAUGGUGAGAAAGAAUGUGAGCAGCCCACACACUGGAAAAUUGUUUACUGAUAGCCACUGUACUGCAGAAAACAAGGUGCAAGAUGAACAGACUGCUAUUGAUUCCUAAAAUUCAACAGGAUUUAUAUAUUUUUUGAAAAAAGUUUUUCCUGAAAGCGUUGAAAAUAUAUUGUUUUUAAAAGCAGAGUUGAUAGUUUUUGUUCAGAACAUACUGAUAGUGGUAACAUAAGACAAGGAAAACAAGUUGAGCCAUAUGAGAAAUAUCACAUGGCUUUCAUCACAUACCUUGUGCCAUACUCUUCAAAUCUGUGAAUGCUGCUCUUCUGUUCUCACGAUUCUUUGGUUUUGGUUGUUGAUCUGUCUACAGAAUACCACUGUGAUGAAAGCUCUGGUGUAUUGUAGACAGGUUUUUUGUAUCUGCACAAUUUAUACCAUUUUUCAUUUGGAUAAAUUACAUAUAUGACCAUACAGUAUUAGUUUGUAUGAUAUUGUUGUCAGUGUUGUGCCUCUGUGUGCUUUAGUUGCUUUGCCAUACAGAUUUGUAUUUUAUCUCAUUCAUUUUAAUACUACUUGCAUCAUGCUUUUUAUUUUCGUAAGAUGAAGUACAAAAUAAAAGAAGAACUUUAAAUGCCUAGGGAUGUAACAUAAAAUGUUAAAUCACAGUAACGCCAACAUCAGCUUUGUUUUCAUUCCUUGGACGAUGAACAUUUCUAAAUUUUUCUCUAUUUUAGUGUACCAGUGUAUUUUUUAAAAUGUAUAUUUUCUACAUGCCUCUUACCAUUUAAAGAUGUUCUCAUUUGUACAUUUUUGUGCAUUGAAGUGGUUAUUUUAAUGCUUACAUGUGAUGUGAAAGUUGAUUAUUUUUUAUUGAUUGUCAAUCAUAUUUUUCCUCUUUGUUUUCCCUUGAUUUUUGUCAAAAGUGUUUUCUUAAAAGAAUUUAAACUGAUCAGUGCCUUUCAAUCGCUAAAGUCUGGUCUUACGUAUCCAGCAAAUCAUAACAGAUCUAAUUGCAGAUAAAUGAUUUCAGAAUAACCACAGUAUGUUUUGUUUCCAUUUACAUAAUUUUUAUGGGGUUGUUGUGGGUUGAAUCUGGUUUCAUUUGAUGGUAAUCUGCCUAGCUCAAAGCUGUACUGAUCAGUUUACCUCAACUUGUGGGUGGAGACAAUGCUUUGUGACUUAUACUCACAAAGGGCAGCAUGGGAUGCUUUGUUCUACUGGCGUUUCUGGGAAACUUUUCACAGUUCCCAAGAUCCAUCUCUUUUUAACAACAGGGUGUUAAAUGUGUGUCCCAGUCUGGGAUGUACAUUUUUACAACUCUAGAUUUUGAGCUGACCAAUAUAUGUAUUUCAAUUUAAUAUAUGUGUGUUUAAAUCAUUGUCAAAACCCCAAAUUAAGAAUUUGACCAUUACUUUACUGAAUGGGAGUUGUGGAUAGCACAGGCUCAGGAAACUGGUCUGUUGACUAGUGGUGCUGUAGGGUAAACAAAAACAAAGAUUUGGACCAGUACUGAGACUAGAGCUGGAAUUAUUCCAUUCCUUUCUUAUCUACAUUACAUACAGGCAUUUGGCAAAUCUUUUAUUCAAGGUAUACAUUUUAUGACUAUGAUACAUGAUGAACAUGACCUUUGUGUUGCUAUAGUGUCACUGCUUUUACCUGUUUUUAUUUAAUCACAGGUAAACUCAAAUUCCUUAGCUCACAGCUCUUAUGAAAACUUCACAGCCUGAAAUCAAUCUGGCUUUUUUCAUCAAUAACAUACAAGAGUGAAUAAAGAUACACAACACAGAUUUCAUUUUUAUUGAUUUGUUAUCAUUCAGACAUCUCCAACCAAGUAUUAUUGGCAUACCUGUAUUGUCUAAAAAAAGAACAACAAUAAAAAUGUCUCACU